AUAGCAUUGUUUGGUACCACAACAUUUGUUUAAAUGCUCAGGAAGUGGAAACUACAACAACAACCCUUUAUAAUUACAUGUCGCCCAAAAUGCUUUACACAGAUACAAAUAAAAUGAAUGCACAGAUUUACAUAAAAAUAUGGAUUACGAAGAAUCCAAUAUAAAUGGUAAAUGGUUGGCAUUUAUAUAGCGCCUUUAUCCAAAGAGCUGUACAAUUGAUGCUUCUCAUUCACCCAUUCAUACACACACACACACACCAACGGCGAUUGGCUGCCAUGCAAGGCCCCGACCAGCUCGUCAGGAGCAUUUGGGGGUUAGGUGUCUUGCUCAGGGACACUUCGACACAGCCAGGGCGGGCGAUCGAACCAGCAACCCUCCGACUGCCGCUCUUACUGCCUGAGCCAUGUCGCCCCCUAAUGAAAUGUAAUGUAGGAUAAUGCCUAAUAAUAUAAUGUCAUACCAAACAAAUGUGUUCCGGAAAGGGAAGGGUUUUUCCGACAUCUUAAGAACAUUGUUAAAAUGUUGACCUUUUGCAGUGUUGAACAUAAGGACAAGUUCCAGUCACUGAAUGGAACUUUUAAAAUGACUCAUGAUUUGUACGUGUAUUUGGGUUGACGAUUUAAUGGUAGCAGCUUUGCAGUUUAAUACAGCGAUAGUUCAUAUUAUAAUGCAUCUUAAAUUCAGAUUCAAAUUAAUAUUUGUAUUGGUCUUGGUCUCCCUACAGUAAUUUUCGUUACUUUUGACUUUUUUUUUUCAUUAUGGGAGGAACAUACCGUGUUCAUAUUUUGUCUGACAUUUGAGAUUUGAGAUUUGCUUGCUAUUUUUGCACAUAACUGUACGCGCGUUGAAAUCAUAAUUACAUCAAUCUAAUUCCGGCUAUGCAUUCUCAGACUGUUUAAAAUUCCAUUCAUUUCGUAUUUGACACUAGUUAAGGUGUGUAUGCCACAGCUGGCUUUUCCAUUCUUAGUGUCUUGUGGGAGUUUUUUGUGUUUGAACAGGCUUGAUGUGUUGCUAUAUAUAGUAGCCUAUGUAUGGUAUCAUAGUAUGACAUAGGCAUAAGUUCAAUAACUUGUUCUGGGUCUUCCCUAAAAGCUCAGUGCGCUUCCUUCUCUUGUAAAUGUAAACAAUGCCACCCACUCUCUGCGUAAGUAUGACAAUGCAGUGACUCAUUCUGAAACGGCAGCUGUAUUAUAAAAGACCUUGCAAUGGGGAAUGUAGACCUUCAUCAAAUACACGAGGCAUGAAGACCUUGCUGAUAAUAUUCCUGGCUGCUCUCGCCUUUGCGCCGUUUGACGGCAGCGAGCUGCUAAUCGUAUCGACUUACCAGUGGACGGAUGACGUGACAGGGUUUCCCGUGACGUGUGACAAGUGUCCCCCUGGGACUCACGUGGUGAAGCACUGCACGAAAGACAGGAAAACUGUGUGUGGCUUGUGCCCGGAACGACAUUACACUGCAUUCUGGAAUUAUAUGGAGCGAUGCCUAUACUGUAAUGUCUUCUGCAUGGAAGACCAGUUCGAAAAAUUACCUUGCAACACCACACAUAACAGGGUGUGCGAGUGUAAAUCUGGACAUUAUUUUAAUCAUGGUUUUUGCACGAAGCACAGAGCAUGUCCGCCCGGGCAAGGUGCAAAUAUGACUGGUACUGCGUACACCGACGUCAAGUGUGUCAAGUGUGAGGAGGGGUAUUUUUCGUCCGAGUACUCGACCAUAAAUCAAUGUCAGAAACAUUCUCAGUGCAAGGACGGAGAGAGAACGAUUCCCAGCAACGAUAAAUGGGACACAUUCUGUACGUUGUGCAAGAUUAACAGCUCUGGCCUGCCAAGCUCUCCCGAAGAUCAGGCUGUGUGCGACAGGGCAGUGAUGGACUACGUUUCCCAAUACCCUCUCCAUCAAAAGAAACACAAACGACUUGAAAACGCAGUCAGAAGGAUGGCAAAGGAGAAAGACAAAAAUGUGCCCCUAAUUGACAUGUUCCUGACCAUUCAGAAGAGUCACGGAGACAAACCAUUUGUCAAUAUAAUGAUAAAGAUCUUGAAUAAAUAUCACUUGAUUAAUUUGGAAUGUAAAGUCAAGAAAUGGUUCCUGGGCGAGGAAGAAUGUUAAUGUGGUAUUGAAUAGGUUACUUGUGUGUAGGUUUUGAACAUGGCACUGUGGUAUGCUUUGAUGAAGUAAAGCAGCCUGCCAGAGUUCCAUCAGAAAAGUAUGAAACUGUAAAAGCUUUUUAUUUUUAUGUAUUUAUUUAUUUUUUUGUAAGGUGCUGUGUCACAUUGGACAAACAACAGUCUUGAGUCAAAAUCAAUUCAGUCGGAAUGGUGGAGGCGUGGUUUGACCUAUAUUUGUAUAAGUAAAAGUUCGGUUAUUUUGUGUUUUCGCUCUUUCGCAGCAAGUAAUCCUGUUCCCAGUAUUUAGUGUGCACCACUCUGAAUGGGCCAUGUUGAUCUAUUGAAACGUGGUUGUAUGUAAAUUCUGUUUAUUGUAUAUGGACGAUUUAAAAAGGUCACUUAACUAAUUUAUUAACCUUUGUUGAAACAUUCAACUUUCUGUGAAUAUUUAUGUCACAAUGCAGGUUUUGGGGGAGAUUAGGUGCACUGCACCUGAAUAUAAUGGGAAGGCAAAUUGGUACCAUGAGAACAACACUGAAUAAACAUUUUUUUGUAAGAUAA